ACUUGCAGAUGGACAAGCUAUAGCUGUUAAGAGGCUUGCAAGUCCCUCAGGGCAAGGAAUUAGGGAAUUCAAGAGUGAGGCAUGCUUAGCAGCAAAGCUGCAACAUAAGAAUCUUGUCAAAGUUCAUGGAUUUUGCUUAGACGGAGAAGAAAAAUUACUUGUAUAUGAGUUUGUGCCAAAUAAAAGCUCUGACCGAUUUCUACAUUGUAUGAUUUCAGUUACAACCUGAACUUUGUUAUAAAAGGCCAUGUUGGAAAAUGCAUAUUAUAUACAAUUAUUUGUGAAAAGUUCUGAUUUCUUGAUGACUUACUUCUUGUCCAGGCUGAUAUUGUAGGUACAAACAGGGGAGUCCAUUUGAAGUGGGAAACUCAGCUCGACAAAGGAUUGUAAUGGGAAUUGCAAGAGGACUUCAGUAUCUUCAUGAAGAUUCCAGAUUCGAGAUGAUCCAUCGCGAUCUCAAGCCUAGCAACAUAUUAUUGGAUGGAGAAAUGAACCCCAAAAUUGCAGAUUUUGGAAUGGCAAAACUUUUCGAGGCAGACCAAACUCAAGGAAAUACUAGUAGAGUUGCUGGAACAUUUGGCUACAUGGCUCCUGAGUAUGCUUCAACAGGAAAUUUUUCAGUCAAAUCUGAUGUUUUUAGUUUUGGAGUCUUACUUCUGGAGAUUGUGAGUGGACGCAGGAAUAGUGUAACUGAUCUAAACAUAGAAGAUGAGAACUUACUAGAUCAUGCAUGGAAGUGCUGGAAUGAUGGGACCGGUUUAGAGUUGGUGGAUCCAAAUCUUGGAGGAAAUUUCUCAAUCCCUGAAAUUGAAAGAUACAUCCAUAUUGGAUUAUUGUGUGUUCAGGAAGAUGCAGCUAGACGACCAGCAAUUGCAUCAAUCUUGUCUAUGCUCAGUAGCCAGUCAGCUGUUCUGCCAUCUCUGACAGCGCCUCCAGCUUUUCCGUAUAAGAGAAACCUUCCUCAAGCCUUGAGUGCAAGUAAUGCUCAUUUUACAGAGGUGUUCACUAAUGUGAAUGGCAGGUAAUUCUAUUACAUGGAAGCUCUGUUACUUAGAAGGCUGAUUGAUUACAAUGCUUGAAAACUCUAUAUAGGGAUUCUUUUACACAAAAUUUAUUUCCUUCAUGUCAAUAAAUGAUAAUUAUACUCAAUAUUUUGCUUGUUAACACAGCAUGAUUCUAAUAAUGAUUUUCUGAUUUUGCUAGACAUUAUUAUUUGUUAACACAACAAUUGAUUCUACUUUGAUGUGGAUCCAAAAGUAUCACUCUGUGUGUGUGUGUGUUUUUUUUCCCCUG